AUGCUUCGACGAUUAACAACCUCAGCAACUGAGUCUUUUAGACUAUACCCCGAGUACAAAUUCAAAUGUGGAGUGGAAAUCCAUACCCAGUUGAAAACCAAGUACAAGCUUUUUUCACUAUCGCAAACUGGGUUCAAUGAUAAUUGUAAUACAAAAGUGAGUUACUUCGACCUUGGGCUACCAGGAACUCAACCCAAGUUGAACCCAGAGGCUUUGUAUUUAGCUCUCAAGGCUAGUGUGGCAUUAAAUAUGAAAAUACAACCCUUUUCUAAAUUCGAUAGAAAACAUUACUUUUACCCUGACCAGCCAUUGGGCUAUCAAAUCACACAACAUUUUCAUCCGUUGGCUAAUGAUGGAGUUUUGGAGUUGAAUGAAUUUGACAACGCACUGGGGCAGAUUGAAAUUGAAACAGUACAAUUGGAACAAGACACUGGGAAAAAAUUUGGAGAUAUUAUAGACUUUAAUAGAGCUGGUACUCCAUUGAUUGAGGUUGUUACAAAGCCCGAUUUUCAAGAUAUAAAUCAGGUCUAUGCUUUCAUAAAAAAGUAUCAGUUGCUUGUACGCCAUCUAGGAAUUUGUAGUGGGGACCUUGAAACGGGGGCUAUCAGAGUAGAUGUCAAUCUCAGUGUCAAUGAUAAUCCAAGAGUUGAGUUAAAGAAUUUGGGUACUACUGGUGAUAUAGUGAAUGCUUUGAAAUACGAGUACAUGGAACAGGUAAGGCGUCUACGUACUGGUGAAUCGAUCAUACAAGAAACAAAGUCUUGGGAUGGAUAUACAACAAAGGCAUCACGAAGUAAGGAAAAUGCGGUGGAUUAUAGGUAUGUUCCAGACUCAGAACUACCUAGUAUAUACUUGAGUGUUGACAUAGGUGAUGAAAUCAAAGCUUCAAUGCCAGAAUACCCUGAUCAACUUUUGUCACGUUUAACCUCCGAACCUUACAAUUUACAAUUGGCGCAUGCUAAGAAUUUGCUUGCGGAACCAGAACAUUUGCACUACUAUCAAACCUUUUUUGAAAAGUUUAAUCUCCCAGGUGCAAACAAGUGGAUGUUUCAAGAGUUAAUCACUGCAUUUUCCAAGCUCGAUAAAGAUUUUGAUGUCAACGUGAUUAGCCCCGAUGCAUUGGUAGAAAUUGCUAAAUCAGACUACUCUUUAGUAUCAAAGAGAUUAAUCUUGAGAAAUAUAGUUGAGAACCAGGUUCCUUUAGAAAAAGCGAUUGCCGAUUUGAAUUUAGCAUCAGACGCACAGACUAUAAAUGUUAACGAAUUGUGUCUGGAAAUUGUCAAGUUGAAUCCUGAUGUGGUAAAAAGAAUACAAGAUGGUUACAAGAAUGCAAUACAGGUUCUCGUCGGUAAAGCAAUGAAGGUUACUAAAGGUAAAGUACACGCCAAGGUAAUCAAAGACACAUUCGAUAAACUCCUAUAA